GAAAAAAAACGGAAAACAAAAAGAAAGAAAGAAAAAAGAACGAAAUAAAAGAAAAAGAAGGUGACUUUUAUGAUGAAGAGAAGGUCCACUCGCCACCCAUAUGAAUUAUCAUUCUGCUUGAUAUUAGAAAUGGGGGCAACACGUUACAAAAAGCUUGAGGUGUCACGGCCUGAAGGUGUCACAAGGAAAUGGAUUAAGUGUGCACAAGCAGCUCAAUUUCAUUUGGGAAAAAGGCACGUGGCUAUUACGUCCAGGGAACACACAAACUUUGGUCCUCUGCUGACACCCAAAACGACCUCAACAAACAUCAGACACCAUUUUUCAACUGAUUCAUCGCUCUUCCUCUAUCACACACACCGCACCUCGUCACCCCAUCACACACACAGGAUUCACUCCCAAUUGGACACCCUGAUCAUCAUAGACGCGAGAUUUUCCUAUCACUCACAACAAAAUGAGACCCUAAAAGAAGAUAACCAUUUUCCCCUAUUCUACACAUUCAACAUAUUCAUCUCUCGGCACCUGAUAACGAAAACCAUUUUAUUUACUCCACUCCUCUCUCUCUUGACCCGUAACCACCCAACGACAUUUUCCUUUUUCGUUUCCAAUUCUUCAACUCCAACAGAUCUAUCGUUCAGCUCUCACACUACCCUGAAUUCACCUAUUCCUUCACACAUCACUCUCAAUCAACAAAAAACAGAAACCAAUUCUUGCUCACCACAUAACAAAAACCACUCUCCAUUACUCCAACCCGUCAUUCCCCCAACUGAAUUGAUCCCUUCAACCAUCACACGCAACACAAAACCUCCUCCUCUGGCCCAACUUCAUCUUCGAACCCCAACACACAACUCUUAUAUUCAUUCACCUUUACCAUGUUUCUCUGGAUUUUUCCAUGAUCUCUAUCAUUUUCUUCUUCAAAAUUCUUCCACCCCACGCCCAUUAUAUAACCAUAAAACAACCUUUCAACUCAAAAAAAACAGGAAAUUCAUUCAUUACCUCCAUCACCAUCACACAAACUCAUCUCAACACUCAAAGUAAAAAAUAGAUUUCAGAGGCAGGUGCUAAGUUCACACGAAGAGCGGCACAAUAUCAACACAAAUAUUCUGAUGAAUUUCUAGGCAAAUCUGAAGCAAGUUGCACAAGAAGACUCGUGGUGGCUCUGGGAGAUGCAACAGAGGUAAGCCUAAUUGGAGAAAGUUGCGGCGAGCCUAGAUCAAUGGCAAGUGGCGCCGCAGGUCGACGACUUGAAGUGGAACGAUUGGACGAAGGUACACCCAUGGAGGGAGGAGCUGGCAUGAAUGGUCUCGUGGAUUUCGUUUGAUGCAACUGGGACUAUGAGAUGGGCGACAGCGCGAUGGUGGAAGAAGGAAGGCUCAACGGGGAGCGGCGACCCUGGCUCGGUGGCAGCGGAAACCUGCGUGACGAACGGCCGGCGUCGCUCACGAACGAGGAGGUUUUCUCUCGCACAGAGACAGUGGGAGAAGAGGGUUCUCACGAUGGUCGGCGAUCGCUCCAGCGUCGGGUUUCUUCCCUGUCGACGCCAUAGCUGGCGGAGUCGGUGGUGGCGGGUUGAGUGGAGGCUGAGGCAUGGCCGUGACAGAGAUGGGUGUCUCUGGAUUCUUCUCAUCAGAGGAAGAGACCAAGGUCUCUGGCAUUGGGUGAAAUGGAGGAAAGAAAAUGUUUGUUCAACACCCAGAUUUGACACAAAUUUGACACCGUCCAGGUGUCAAAUUUCUAUUGGGUUUUAACUUUUAAUUGGAAAAGGGCUUUUGAAAAAACUGAGCAGGGUAGAAUAGGAAUUUUGAGAUAAAUGUUUUAUGAUUUUUGAUUUGGCGGUUUAAUUUUCACUUUGCUGCGUUGGGUUUUGGUAUCUCCAUUGCUAUCUCUAUUCCCGCACCUUCAUCGUUGGGUUUUGCUAUCUCCAUCGCUAUCUUCAUUGCUGCGACUGUGUUAUUCGAACGGGAAAAAGGCAGUCUUUCGCAAGGUAAGGAGGUGUUCUCGUAUCUUCUUUAUCGGGGGCUUGGGUUUCUUGUGAGUUUCGUGAUUGGACUCGUUCUCGCAUUCCUUUGCUAUCUCCAUUGCUCCCUUGGUGUUAUCCGAAGCGGAAAAAGGGAGUCUUUGGCAAGGUCAGUUGUAGUUGUGGUAUCUUCUUUUUCGGGGGCUUGGGUUUCUUGUUGGUUUCGUCAUUGGAAUCGGUCUCGCAUUUUGUUGUUUCUAUUUCUGUUCCAUUCCGGGUUGCAUUGUCUGAUUUUUGUCUUCCACGUAAUUUAGGGUUUAUAUUUUUUUUGUGAACCCUAAGCAAGUAUUGAUAUUUGGCCUCUUACAUGUUUUCAUUUUGUGUUCAGUUGGAAUGGAUUCAGGAAUCCCAAAGGUAAGUUUAAGUUUUGUUCUUUGAUUUAGUUAGUUGCAAUUAUUUAUUUGUUAAAAAUAAAUAUGUUUUUGUAGUUGAGGGUCCGUACUUCUAUUGCUUCGUCAUAUAUUAUUGACAUGAAUCGUUUGCUGGGAGAAGACCAUUUUCAACGAAUUGCUAUGACACCAUUCAGGUGGUGUGUGUACCUACGUGAGGAAGCGGACGUAAACUGCGAGUUAUUGAAGGUUAUGGUAUGUAGAUGGGCAGGGCAUGAGUGUUAUAUUUCACGUUCAUAUUAAACUUAUGCGUAUUAUAUUC